AUGGCCUCUCCUCCGAUGCCUCUAGAUACUGCCCCGGGAGUCGUCCGCAACACUCGCAACCCAGUAUAUGACGAAGACUUCACUUUCUACGGUUUGACACUGAACGAACUAGCCGGCAUGUCGCUGCACUUUGUUGUGCUUAGUUUCGAUCGGUACAGUCGUGAUGAUGUCAUUGGCGAAGUGGUUUGCCCUCUAAGUGGAAUCGACCUACAACAGAUUGAAAACCAACAGGUAGCCCUCAGCCGGGAAAUUCAGCCACGCAGCUUGAAGAUCCGAGCCCAAGGCCGUGGCGAACUGUUGAUUUCACUCUGUUGGCAACCGGCUGCCGCGAGAUUGACUGUCGUCUUGCUGAAGGCUCGCAACCUCCCGCGGAUGGAUGUGACGGGACUAGCGGAUCCGUACGUCAAGAUCUACCUUCUGUACAAUGGACAGCGAAUCGCGAAGAAGAAAACACACGUCAAGAAGCGAACACUCAGUCCGGUGUUCAACGAGAGCUUCGCGUUCGACAUCCCAUCUAUGGAGGGUUCUGGGGCUACCCUGGAGGGCGUUUCGCUCGAACUGAUGCUGCUCGAUUGGGACCGAGUAACGAAGAACGAGGUCAUCGGCCGGUUGGAACUCGGUGGUCCACGCAGCACCGGAUCGGCGCUGAACCACUGGAAGGAGGUGUGCAACUCGCCACGCCGGCAGAUUGCCGACUGGCAUAAACUACGAGAGUAAGCAGGAGGCAAUCUUGGUUUAUAGUUUUGAAACAGCUGAAAAGGUCUGUUGUUAAGUUAUGAUUUCCAGAAGGUUUUGUUCAGUGAAACAAUAAACAGAUUAAAGUGUUUGAUAUAUUUUGACAUUUAUCAAGCAUUAAAUUAAAAGGAUUUUUUUAAUUUUGAAGGAUGAUAAACAGUAAGAGUUCUGUUCAUAAAGAGUCUCAUUUUUUUCCAAAUUUACCAUGAAGUGAUAAAAUGUAAUGAUUUAAACAAAUUAAAAAUGAUCAACUAAUGACUGGUAUCACCUAACGAAAUAAGCUUCUGUAGUUUGGAGACUUAGACCAAAAUUAUGAAGCAAGCUUGAGAAAGUUUUAACGCAUAAACGUGUAUUUUCAAGUCCAAACUGUAGUGAACGAUAGUGCAGUAUAAAUUUAAAAAGAACCCAGUAAGAGAAAAAAAAAUAAUGAAAAAUAAAAUACCAUAAAACCAAAUGUACAACUGCUUGAACAUGUGCUAAAAGUUAGCGGAAAGUGAAAUGUUUGGAGGCGACGUAUACAUAAAAGUUACCGCAGACUUCAGGAACAGAUGAAAAAUUUCUAAGCUUUGUGGUCAACACUUCUUGCUUUCUCAGAUUUAAACAAUACUAGGGUAGCGAAGAGUUAGCCUAUGUAGGUGUCAGUGAUGCUAAUGCUAACAUGGACGAUUCAUACUUCAGCUUAUAUGACCAGAAUCCAUAGAUUAAUGCAAAUAGUUGCACAGAGUUGAACGAAAUAUAUUUUCAAAAUGCACACAUCCGUACAUAAUGUAAACGCGCAAUCAACCGCUAUCUGAAAGGUGAAGUAUUUUUACCUGUUAUCACGAUCACACGUGACAAACUGUGACAGUGCAAACAAAACCUACACAAACGUGGAGUGGAACCGUAGUAACUGAAAAUUAAACGAAAAUGAUCCGUAGAGGUCAGCAGCAAAUCAGAAGUGUAUUGAGAAAAACAAAUUAAAUUUUCUGAUACUCAUUACAUAGAUGUAUAAUAACAAUUAGUAUAGUAAGUUUAAUGUGGUAAUCGUUGGGAUGUUAAAAAAACAGACAAACAAAGAUCGCAAAAUAAUUUAAUGGCAAAAGAAAACUAUGAUUAGGACUGACUGACUAACGUUAUGACUUCGAGCGCUUGGUUGUUAAGGCAGGAAUUAAAAUAGAACGUGACGGGCAGGUAGAAGUAUAGAAUAGGAUCAGUUGUUUUUAACUGACUAUUCUCUGAGGACUAAAGUAAUCUUCGGUUUUGCGACCCAUACUUUUGUAAAUAGUGUUACUUUUGUAAUAGAGCCUGUUAUUCUCGCCUAGUAUUUUCCGUCGGAAUAGCUCUGCCAUACCUGUAAAAGAUAAUGUUUCAUGCCAUAAAAAAAAAUCUCAGAAUUAUUUAAUCACAAAGAAGAUAUAUUCUGUUAUCAAAGAUCAGGUUAAACGAUAAAUAAGAGUUUACAAAUUGUCAUGGAAUACUCGAUUUUAACUGAAAUUGAAAAUACCAUAUAAUUCGUUACCAGAUCAACUAGGUAUAAUAAAAAAUCUUCCAAUUUCAACCGAUACGACUGGCUAACCUUAACACAUUAUAAUAAUGCAAGGAAGGACACUAGCCGUUACGAUCCCAGUAGGGCUUCAACUGAACUGAAACCAUUUGAUAUCUAUCGAUUAAAGAUUGUCUACAGAAAGUCAUCACUGUUUUAUCUGUUUGUCUGUGUUUUAACAGUGUAUUAUGAAACUAAUUCGUUGUUGCUAUUACAUACAAUACAUCCAGCGUUGCCAGGUAUCCAGAUUUAGCUGGAUUAUCCAGAUUUUUGAACAUGUAUCCAGGUAGAUAGCUUUGAUGUCCAAAUAUUCAGAUUUUUCAUGGAUGAUCCAGAUUUUAUCCAGAUUUUAUUUUCUCUGUUCCGCAAAAAGGUCAUCACUUCGAUUUUGGCGCGAAAUUUUGCAAUUUUGUCACCACAAAUUUUGCGUACCCCAAGACUUUUAUUCGAAAAAUUAACCUUUCACCCCACGAAAUGACUGCCAGAUUUUUUCCAGAUUUUUAUUUUGCCUUUUCCAGAUUUUUUAAAAAAUGACCUGGCAACGCUGACUACAUCAUCCUUUCUUUUUUUCCGAUUCUCCGUACGAUUUCCUACCGGUUGCUUUAGCGAAAUUGUUGCUAAUCAGGAAGUCUUAGAUCAGGAAUAAUGCGAUUUAUUCCAUCAACUAAUUAGUGAUGCAAGUUGCAAGUUUUUAGUUCAGAUUUUUUUCUAUUUUCAUGUAAACAAAAUUGAUUGAAUGCGUGAUUUAAAAAAAAAUACCGCACAGACAAAAUUCUGCACACAUUUUGAGGAAGUCUGCAUGUCUGCAUGAAUAUAAGGAGAUUCGGACAAAAAUUUACAGGAACUACGAGAAUACUGGAAACAUUUAGCGCUUUGCAGAUUAAUUUGCACAACUUACAUUCAACCGCACUCAAAAAACAUUUUACGAAGUUUUAAACAGCUGAGCUUCCAAUAAACGGUUUGAUGAUUGUUUUUUCAACGUUCGGUAAAUUUUUUGUAUGUUGAACAUUAUUAACAAAGAGUCAAAUUUUGUACAUUCAGUAGAAAUUUAGAGCUCUCUGCAAAUUUGAAAUGAAAUGACUGAAAAUUUGAAAUGAAAUAACUAACUAAAAAUUGAAAAUUAAGUUCAAAUUCGUAUUGACCGCAAAUUAUUUGAAGAAAUCAAACCAAGAUUCCUCUCUAUGGUAAUGAAGCAUUCAGCUUAUACGGUUUGGCAUGAGUUCAACAUUCACUCUCCUUAUUAUCACUUUCCUUGCUAUUUAAAUAAUUGUCAGCUUUCAUCAAAAUAUACUAUAAACCUGGGUUGAACCCGCGGAUUACGGCUCGGUGAUGAUGUAUUUAUUUUUAAAAAACGCUUUCUAUAAUCACGCUAGAGUGGAAAGACCAGACAGUAGGAAUGGAAAAGAAGACGUCUAAAGCAGUACCGAUAGGAUUAAGGAAAAUAAAACAAAAAAAAAAACGUUUUUGCGAAGGCACUAUAUGAAAGUAAAACGAAUCAAAUUGGAGUAAUAAUACACAACAACCAAACUCAUAUGAUAUUCAAACAAAACAGUAUAUGCAAACCAAUUAUCAACAUUAAAUGACGGUAGAGCCAACCGCUCUACUAGCUUUACUCUGUUUAGCUUGGCGAAGACAGAGCAAAAUGUGAACGAAAACCACAAAAACACAUACCCAUUUUUUCGAAUGUAACCAUAGAGGUAUAGCUGUAACUUUUUAAGCAUAUUUUACAUAGUAUAGCAUAAGAAAAUCAGUACUAACCCAACUAGACCAUAGACUGCAUAAGCUUAAUUUGUUCCAAUAAACGCCGGAGUAAAUUUGUACUCCACGGAUUCUAUUGGCUUUCGCCUACAGUAACUCACCGUAGAUAAAAUUGUUAGCACUCUGUAGAAGUCAAAAAUUGGUAAUACUCUGCACUUGUUAUGCCUGUUACUUGUUUAGGUUUCCAACUUAUGCUCUUAAUAAGAGAUAGCAAGAAAAAAAAAACCAUUUGUUGCUAAUUGGAAUGUAUUAAAAGAAAAAGAUCCGCUAUUUUUUCUGUAUUUAACAGAUUUAUUUACAGCAAGGAAAUGCGUAGAGUAAAUGUAUAUAACGUAAAAUUCGUACAUUAUUCUCUCUAUUUUAUGUUAUGACUCACAUAUAUAAAGAGGAAAUUAACAAUAAAAGCCUGUAAAAACAUA